GGCGGUUUCCGGUGUCAUGGCGGCGUGAGGUCCCGGCAGUCGGUGAGGCGGCUGCAGGCCCGUCCCUGCGGAGCCGCUGGUCCGGCGGGCGGGGAUGUGACCGCAAGCUCUGCCGGCCUGCCCCGGGCGUCGAGUCAGCUCCGUGUCAGCCCCCUCAGUCUGCACCGAUGGCGGGAUCCGGCUGCGCGUGGGGCGCGGAGCCGCCGCGGUUUCUGGAAGCCUUCGGACGGCUGUGGCAGGUACAGAGCCGCCUGGGUAGCGGCUCCUCGGCCUCGGUGUAUCGGGUGCGUUGCUGCGGCACACCCGGCUCGCCCCCAGGAGCGCUGAAGCAGUUCCUACCGCCAGGAACCACCGGGGCUGCGGCCUCGGCCGCCGAGUAUGGUUUCCGCAAAGAGAGGGCGGCGCUGGAGCAGUUGCAGGGUCACAGGAACAUCGUGACUUUGUAUGGAGUCUUCACAAUCCACUUCUCUCCAAAUGUGCCAUCACGCUGUCUGUUGCUUGAACUCCUGGAUGUCAGUGUUUCGGAAUUGCUUUUAUAUUCCAGUCACCAGGGUUGUUCCAUGUGGAUGAUACAGCAUUGUGCCAGAGAUGUUCUAGAGGCCCUUGCUUUUCUUCAUCAUGAGGGUUAUGUCCACGCAGACCUCAAGCCACGUAACAUAUUGUGGAGUGCCGAGAAUGAAUGUUUUAAACUCAUUGACUUUGGACUUAGCUUCAAAGAAGGCAAUCAGGAUGUAAAGUAUAUUCAGACAGACGGGUAUCGGGCUCCGGAAGCAGAACUGCAGAAUUGCUUGGCCCAGGCUGGCCUGCAGAGUGAUACAGAAUGUACCUCAGCUGUUGAUCUGUGGAGCCUAGGAAUCAUUUUACUGGAAAUGUUCUCAGGAAUGAAAUUGAAACAUACAGUCAGAUCUCAGGAAUGGAAGGCAAAUAGUUCUGCUAUUAUUGAUCACAUAUUUGCCAGUAAAGCAGUGGUGAAUGCCGCAAUUCCAGCCUAUCACCUAAGAGACCUUAUCAAAAGCAUGCUUCAUGAUGAUCCAAGCAGAAGAAUUCCUGCUGAAAUGGCAUUGUGCAGCCCAUUCUUUAGCAUUCCUUUUGCCCCUCAUAUUGAAGAUUUGGUGAUGCUUCCUACGCCAGUGCUAAGACUGCUGAAUGUGCUGGACGAUGAUUAUCUUGAGAAUGAAGAAGAAUAUGAAGAUGUUGUAGAAGAUGUAAAAGAAGAAUGUCAAAAAUAUGGACCAGUGGUGUCUCUGCUUGUUCCAAAAGAAAAUCCUGGCAGAGGACAAGUCUUUGUUGAGUAUGCCAAUGCUGGUGAUUCCAAAGCUGCUCAGAAAUUACUGACUGGAAGGAUGUUUGAUGGAAAGUUUGUUGUGGCUACAUUUUACCCACUGAGUGCCUACAAGAGGGGAUAUCUGUAUCAAACUUUGCUUUAAUCAGUAACCUGAGGACUGUUUUCUGUUUCUCCUCUUCCGUCUCCUGGGUUAUUCUACAUCUGAAUGCAGGAGUACCCCUCCCCCCCUUGCCAUUUUAAGGGAAUACUUUGUAUAUUUAUUCAGUCCUGCUAAUGUGCAGCCGUUGCUCAAGCAGUGACUUCCUUGCAGACACUGGGCACUGCGUAGGACAAGCCCUCUUAGCUAUGCAUUGGGGGCUUGUAGAGCAUCCAUGUGGGCGUCUUUUGCUUGUGCAGUAGGGCGAGUGCUGCUCUUCAGUAUGUGACUUAGAAAGAUAUUAACUAUUUCAUGUGAUCACCAAGCAGGGAUGAAUGCUAUCCUGUCAUAGGAAUAUUAACAAAUUCGUUAGCGUUGGUGGCAUCACUUACAGAUUAUCCCUUUCUGUUGUUAGGUGGUUCUUCCUUAUUGAUAUCUGUAGUUGGCACUGGAUGCUCUCAGUAAUGUAAAGUAAUUGUCAAGCAGCAGUUCCCUACUGUGUUCUUAACACUGAGUUUUGAUUUUUUUUAAAGGAGUACUGUAGUACUGAAUAUUCCUUUAAAGAAACUGCGGUGAGCCUAUCUAUAUAUUUUUUUUUAAUUAAGGCUUUUAAAAUAGAAAGCUGAUGCUUGAUCUUGCACAAUUUUUAUGUCUAGUACGUAUGCUCGAGUGAGUGUGCAGGUAUGAAAGGUUAGAGAAUAUUUGAGUAGCAUUCUUUAUAGUGUGAAUCUUGUGGGUUAAUACAGUCUAUGCCCAUCUCUUCCCUACCUGUUUAAUGUCUAUAAUAUUUAGGAUACAGGUUUUUUGGGAGUUGGUGUGUCUGAAAGAAUGAAAUGAGAAAAUAGUCCAUUCCUGAGAGGCCCAGAACAUACAAGUCUAGACUGGAUUACAUUGAAACUCUCUUAAAGUGAGAAAACUCUUGUAAGAGUUUUGGUACACAUAGAUUGCCCCAUCUUUCAGGGUCUCAUUUCAACCCUGCAUUAGCUCAUCUGUUUUGUACUGACUCUUCUAGGAUCAUUGUAAGAUUUCUCAAGAUACAGUUCUGCCUACUAUGAUGGAAAAUUUAUGUUGGUUAAAAAGAAAGAAUUAGUUGUUCAGUGAAGGGAAAAGAAAAAAAAAUAGGUGAAGAGUGCAUAAUCAAGGAUUCUUUAUUUCUUCCUUUUUCUCUCAUCUCCCUCCCAUACCUUCUUUUCCUCUUCCCUCAUUCUUUACCUCUGUCCUUAGCUGAAGAGAAGUUAGAGGAAAGCAUCCUAGCUGGUCAGGUGGUCUGACUUUUGAUUGCAAGGAAGUUAAGAAAGGUGUAGCUAUAAUAAGGUGGAAGUGGAAAGAAUGAAAAACUCAUGAAGAAUUUUUUAAAAAAUUCAUAGCAAUCUAACGUGACCCCAGAUAGAGGCUACUAGUAUUCAUGAGUUCAUGGGCACAGAUUGAUUACAGGGUUUUAGGAAUCAUAAUUAUGGAUUCCUCUCACUUUACAGUAGAUUGUCUUCAGAGGUUUAAUCUUAGGAAAUCUUUAUAAAGCACUGAUUAUACAAAACAGUUAUAUACAGGUUAUGAAUUAUUUGUUUUCUUAACUAAAUGAAAAAUUUAUUUAUUUAUUUAUUUUCCUAAGGAAGACACUUUUAUAUCUUUCCCUGCUGGAAGGCUCCUCAUAUAGUUUUUCCCUGAGGGUGCCAUGCAGGUUAUUGAGAGCCCAAUUAAGAAUUUAUGUCUUAGAGGAUGAAUUAUUUUACCCUGUUCACACAGUUACUAUUUGAUAUUUUAGUUAAUCAUAGUUACCUAAUUCUUCAGAACUCUCUUUAAUAUUUAUUAUGAAGCCAAAUUUGGUAUAAGGAGGAUAAAUAAUGAAUUGCCAAAAGACCUUGUGGCCUGGUGCCCAAGGGAAGAUUGUAUAAGUAACUUCUAAUAUGUGCCCUUAGGAGGAAGAGCUACUCUUUUUCAUUUUGGCCCUUUCAGAGGUUUAUUAGCUGGUUUGGUUUCAGGUGAAAAUUCGAGAGAGUAUUAUGGAGACCUAAGCUUUCCUAAAACAUACAUGUUUGUAUGGGUAGCAGCUUCUGUGUUGAUUAAAAACACCAGGUCCUUCCAUACAUACUGAUGAACACAGUGCAAAUGAGUUCUUUUUAAGGGCAAGUAUUUUAGGUUAGCACAUAGACCUUUCUCAUUUCCCUUCCCCACCACCACCAAAAAUAAAAGUCCUUACAAAUAAACUGCAGGUAGGCUUCUGAGCUUAAUGAUGCAGUGUGCUGCUAACAUCUCGAUGCUGAAUUUCACAGCAUUCUUUGAUCGUCUUAUUGUUGAUGUAUUCAUCAUGAGUAUAUGUAGUGUUUAACACUGUAGAAUUUUAUUAUAGAAGAUGCUAACUAGAUUUUAAGUGUGCUGAGGGAAUAACUGAUGAGCCUAAGUAAUCAUGCAUUGAAUUAAAUGUUUUAUAUUUAAGCCACAAAAUUGAAAAAAGAUGAUUUAAAUUAUUUUAUAGCUCUUAGCCCAUUACUACCAAAGAUGACAUUUGCAGAUUUUUCUCCCUCUUCUAAUAUUAUAAGAAGUUUAAUCUUGCUAACUUUUUUAAACCUGAACCAAAUAUUAAAAGAUGCAGUUUUCAUCAUCCUUUAGGGUGAAAUAUAUACACAGAGAUUUUGAUUUCUUGAAGUUUUAAAAACAAAUUUUCUUUUGGAGAGGUAGGGUAAACAUACGAAGGUUCAUGUUCACUUAACCCCUACCAGUUUGGGAAAAAUUUUAUCUCAGGUAAUUUUUCUUUCCCUAAAUUAAUAUCUGUGCUUCCUUCCCUCUUGCCUUCAAGUUUCUUCUUUAUUGUCCCAUGAUGUUGUCCUAGUACAUUUUUGUCCCAGAAAAGGCAUGUAAAUUGAUUGUUCUGUAGGAAAUCUUUGGUUCUUUGGAAACAUAUUUGGAGGAGGUGGCUAGUUGGCCACUUUCGAAACUUUAAUGCUGUAUUUAGAGAAGAAUAAAUGGGGUUGGAUGCCUCAGUAAAAGAUAGCACUAGCUAAAAGAAACUAUUUGCUGCAUUUUAAAGGCAUAAUAACAAAAUGAGCCUCUUGCAAUAAGAGAUUGAUUGCAUUUGUUAUUACUGUAUGUCUUCCCUGUUUUGUGGCCAUCAGUAUAGCACAUCUCUAGAAAAAAAAAUUCUCUGCUAUGCCUCGAGCCAUUGCUAUGGCUGCUUUUAGAGCAAAACCACAGAUACAGUUUUUCUCAUCCUUCUCCCUGUUUUCAUUGAAACAGGUAUUGCCUUCUUGUUAAAGGUACUCUGGCUGCUAAAUAAAAGAGUGCUGAGCUAUGUUAAAUUAACCUUUAAAAAAAAUCUGAAUUACUAUUAACUUCUCUUCUAAAAUCAUAUUACUUAUACUUAAAUUUUAAUCUUUGAGCAAAUUUAUUACAAGGAAUGCUGCCAGAAAGAGUGCUGCCGUGUAAAGGAAGUUGAAGAUAAACUAUGGGCUAAGGUUUGUUUCUGUCUUAGUUCACUGGGCUUCACCCUGGUAAGGGUGUCAGUUAUCUUUCUGGAAUAAAUUAUAGUCAGAGUUACAAUACUCAGAUGCUGUGUUUUGACUCAUUUGAGUUAUUUCUCAAAUGCAGGUAACUGACAUUUUGGCAUCGUUUUCUUAGGCUUUUAUCCUAACUGUAUAAAAUUAGGCCUAGCUUACAUAAUUUCUGCUAUUAGUUAUACUUGGCAGCAUGACAUUUUAUUUUUUAUAAUUUAAUGAGAAUCAGCACCAUAGUAGCGGAUGGUAAUUAUACUGACAUAGUUACUGGGUGAGGGGGUGGGGGAGACACUCAGUAACCACAUGUUUUACCUGGACUUUCAUGCAAGGGUACGUGCUAGGUGGCUUUAUUCAGAUUAGGGUACAGAUGGAAUCUCAUCAUGACUUUUAGUCUGGUGGAUGUGUAGACAGUCAAAGAUGUAAGCAAGUGCCUUGUGUUUCCUGGAAAAUUUUAAAACUCAUUUGGGUGAAACCUUCUCAGAUGAUAGUAGUUACUGCUCCUUUGCCUUUUCCUUGGAAUAGCUUUUAGUUUGAGUCAUAUAGUAUAAAACUUCAACAUUUCCUUGGUUUGCCUUUUUUUUUUUUUAAUGUGUGUAAAACUGUUCAUAUUUGUUUUUUUCCCCCCAGUAUUGCAUAUAAUGGAAAGCCAGAGUUGUCUAGCAGAAUCUAAUUCUUCUUGGGUGUGGUUCCAUUUUUAAUAUUACGUUCCUUCUUCAAAACUUACUACUCUAGCUCUCUGAUAAAAUUUAUUUCUUGUUAAUUGUGGUCACAGUACAGACCAAACUUUGGUCACAGCUCAAAAGAAUUUCCAUUUCUUAAGGUGCUCAAUAAAUCACCUUUACUUUUGAGAUGUUAGCUUUUUCAGGUUAGUAUCACUUUCUAGCUUUCUCAGUAAAUAAAAGCAUGUUGAAUCUCUGUGAAAUGGAAUUCAUCUGAGCCUCUUGUGGUAUAUUUGGUUAAGUUACAUUUCCUUAGUGAUAGAGAAGUAUGAUUGUUUUAGUUUUUGAAGUACCCAAAAUUUUAGAGAUUCUGUUGUUUUGUUUUAGGUUAGCGUCUUCUCUGACACCACAGGAUAUAUCGUGUCUGUUAUUCAGUGUUUUUCACUGCUUUUUAAAUUCACACAGUGAAUGACCAGUAGAUUAACACAGUGACAUGUGAUUGACAAGCACUUAGGGACAUUUAAGAAGGCAUACAGUUUUAACUUUUUCUGCAAUUUUGGGCUUUUAUAGGAGAAAUGGGCUGUAAAAGAAGUACCUGUAAACCAGAGAGCAUUUAGGAAAUAGUUUAUGGGUGGUCAUGAAGGUGAUCUUCAGGAUAUGAGAUACAUAGUUACAUAACCUUUGUUCUCCUGAUGUGAAGUUUGUAUUCAUUUUCCUACAACUCAGCACUUUUGUUGUCCGUUACACUAUUUAGAAGGAUAAAUGUUUUAUUUGCUUUAUUUUUGCUUUUCAGAGAGUUGUCAUAAUCAUGGCAGUUAUGUUUUUGGCACUAUCAAUGCCAGAAUUCAUGGGAAAUUUAUCAAAUGAUUACAAGUUAUUUCCCAUUAAAUAGAGUAACUGUCGCAGUAUCCUAAAGGAAACCGAGGGCUUUUUUGAAAGUCAUGUAUGUUUUAUGAUUAGCUUUGUGAUCAGAGAGAACAUUCUGUCUUGUUUUGCCUUAUGUGACUGUUGAUCCACGUGACUGUUGAUCCUUGUUGUGAAGUAAAAGAGCUUAUUUUGUUAUACUACUUUGUAUGAUGGAAUAAGUCACACUCUGAAGGAAAAAACCCCAAACUGGAAUUGUCAAAAUUUUUAUUCCUCUUUGCAAAACUCUUAGGUAAUAACAUCAGAGCUAUUUCUUAUCAUAAACUCUUGAUUGUCAGCAAGAGAAUUAUAUGUAGUCGGUUCUGUCCCAGUUGGAAUUCCCUUCCCUUUCUAAGCUCUCUCUCCUUAAUAGUAUUCAUGAUGUCAGGAUAGCGAGUGUGUAAAAGAAAAUGUAGUGAGUGUUCUGUGUCACACGUCCAAACUCAUGCAUUUAUGGACUCAAAAUCUUUUCAGUUAUUUGAAUUAUCUAUAGCUAUAUUAUUAUAUUAGCAUGGCUUGUCAAAAAUCUACCAGAUUUAAGAGUAAAGAAGAGAAAAGUAAUAUAAACAAAGAGACGAGGGGAAGAAAAUGGCUUCCUUUUUAAGGUAUUAUUAAUUGUUCAUAUAGUUUAUGACCUAAAAAUGAUAUUUAUUUUUAAAAAUCCAAGUUUGGUACCUGUAACGUGGAAACAUUGCCUUUUCUAUACAUUCCUCAUCGUUUCCCCAGAAAAUUAUUUUUAAGAGUGUAUGAGACCAGAUAAAAUAUCCAUAUUCAGUUUGGUCAAAUUUUUAAAAAUAAAUAUUUAAAUGAGACUCUAUCUUUCGUGUAUUUGGUAUACAUCAACACUUAGCAAAUCAAGGAUCAGAAAGAAACUGGGGAUUAGCCAUCUCUGUGUUUCCCUUUGCACAUUGGGUACAGUGGGUGGCAUUAGUAUGCACUAGCUGCAGAGUUGUAGCACCUUAUGAAAGUAAGUAGUGUUAAGUACAAUAAACCUUGAAUAAUUUAACAUUCCUUUAUAUCCUCCAAACAGUGUCAAAUCUGGCGUAGAACAGAUUUUUUUCCCCCCAAAGGACUCCAUCUUUGUUCUUUUGUUCACUCUUUGAAAUCCAGUUAUGAUCAAUAGAUUUUGAGAAUUUGUGGCUUUCUAUAUCAGCACUGGAGUGGUUGGUUGUGAAUAUUAAAACCUACUACUGUUUUCCCUCAAUAACAUGUAAUAGCUGUGUUCUUGCUUAGAAGGUAUGAUUAGAAAAAUGUGAACGAUCACUUAAACCAAAGCCAGUUAUUAGGAGUAUUCUCUCCUGUUGGUUUACCUUCACCUCAGAACUACAAGAAUAUUACAGUACACAACAGCUGUCUGUAACAUUUCUACCAGUUGUUUCAGUAGUUUAUUGGUCUUGGCAUUUCUUGGCACUAUGGUUCUCUGUUCUUGGUGAUGUCUUAUUUUUUUGUGAUUUUUUUUUUUUUAAAUAACUGAGUGGGACUAUAAAUGUAGAUGUGUAUCAGUACCAAGGAAUUCUUUUCUCAAAUCUCUAUAUUUCUGAUUUCUAUUCAAGUCUUUUAAACAUGUUUUUUCUUGCUGAGUAGCAAAGAACUUUUAUUUUCCACUUUCCUAUAUGCUAAAAAUGUAUGGACACAGCAUUUCAAUUAACUGAAUUGCAUAUAGUUUUUUUGCUGAAAACUUUUAUCUGUAAACACGAUUGCCUUGUUCAGUUUUGUUGUAAACUGACUUACCAUAAGAUGCACUGUUGAUAUGCUUUUUGAUGUGUGUUUGUUUGAUAAGGGUGAUAAAAUAAAGCUUAAAAACAAAUGAA